UACCGGAAGUCAAGCUAUAGGCUCAUCAUCGGCACAGAAAAAUACUCUUCUGCCAGUCAAAACUCAAAAGAGGUUCUCUAUACAGCAAAGGAUGGACAUCCAUCCCAAAUCCACGACCGCAGGGUCGUCUCUCUCUCUUCGUGCCAUACGACUCUUGGUGCCGCCAGUGCAUCUACUUUCUGCAGCUAUGUGGCAAGCUGCAGAGAAGGGGAAUCUAAUGGACUACGGGAUAUUAGGGGAAAUAGUGACAUCUCUAACAGAGACAGUGCCAGAGCUGCUGAAUUUCAGGCAGAAAACCCAACUUAUUUUAGGGUUGAGAGCAAAGAUGGUUUUGGAGAUGUGCCGUAACGAGCAGACGGCGGAGUUGCACACCAUUCAGCCCUACCUGGAUAAGAUCCAAGUUGCAUCUCCAUCCCUUGAUGGAGCAGACUCUUGUGUUACAGAGGCAGAUGUGUCUGAAUCCAAUUUCCAUGACCUGGUUCACAACUUGCUUAGAGAUCCAGUUGGAAGAGAACAUUUCUUUCAGGAGGUCUUUCCUGUGGAGUAUGGACCCAAGUAUGACUCUGCUCUGCGGAGAUUGAUGUGGGAGUUCCUAUCAAGGUUGCAACAGCUCCUGCCACUACCAGACCUCAAACAGACGGCGUCUUGGCUAAAAGCUGCCCCCAGUAUCUUGAAUGAGUGUGUGGAGUCUGUAUGCCACUCCCCAAACUUAGAGACUAUACUACAACAUCAUCAAAAACAAGGCUAUUUGAAUCAUAAAGGAUCUCUGCCCUUAUCCACUGGAAACUGCAUCUUCUCCUGCCUGUCCCUCCCUCCCCUGGUGACCACAACCACAGAACAGACAAAUACAGAGCUUCAGUCAGAGUUCCUGGGUCAUCAUGUCAUAUAUGAGGAUGAUAUAGGAACAGAAUCCAUAGUAGUGACAGAUUGUGCAGAGGUGGAGUUGGGGACCACCGCGUACACCAGUGAGGGGAAAGAGUUGGGAAUUGAGGACAGUACAGAGCCACAGAAACAAUUACAAAAUCAACCUAAACUGCAGGAUGAGCAUCUGGGUAGACAAUUAGAGCCUGUGUGUGAAAAAUCAGAGAAGAUUCAUGGAGCUGGAGUUGAGCUUGUUCCAGAGGAACGGAGCACAGAGGACACUGAGGUGGAAGUUCUCUGUGAAGAGAUGGGUGCUGUUUGUGAGGACGUCAAGUCAGUGGAUGGAGAGUUAAAGAGGAUUUAUGAGGAGGUGGAGAUUGUAGAACAUGUGAAAACUGAAGAUGAGGAGUCAGUGAUGUCUGUGCAGAAUACAGAAGACACACAAGCCAGCCUUGCAGAGAGCAUACAUAAGGAAGAGAGGGGUUUUCAAAAGGAGGGUUCUGAAAGAAAGGACACAACUAAAGCUGCUUGUAACCAAGGUACUGAGACAAAGAGAGAGGGGGCCAAACAAGGAAAAUACAUCAAAUCCUCACCCUUAUUGCCUUUGACCCGGAGUAGGAGGCUGCUCAGAAGGAAAGGGCUUUCACAACAAUCAGUUGAAAGACGAUAUGUACUGGAUGAGGCAAAAGUGACCAGGAUUGUGCCUUCAAACCUGCCUCCAGAGGCUUCCAAGAAACGGAAAGAUGUUGACCACAUCAGCGCCUCUUCUGUCAAAACUCCAAUCCAUGGGCUCAAAGAUGAAAUGGCAGAAUCUUCUCUGGUCUUUGCCUCAGAAAACCUUCACUGUGCAGAAGACAAGAAACAUCCGAUCUCUGGAGAUGUUGGACCAGGACCACCACCAUCUGAACCAGCACAUCCUGAAGUUUCCAUCAGCCAACCCCAGAACCGUUCUCCCUCAAUCACCCUUCACACGCUGGAAAAAUCCAGCCAAAAAAAAACAUCCUCCAAAACCUGUCCAGUGUGUGGGAAAACCUUCACUAGGGCCACAGACAUGAGAAGGCACCAGAGAUCCCAUACUGGGGAGCGGCCUUACAAAUGCACCCAAUGUGCGAAGUCCUUCCUGUACUCCUUUGACUUGAAAAGACACCAGAGGAAGGGCACGGGUUCAAGCGCGUUCCAGUGCUGUGUCUGCGGGGAGGGCUUCGAUCAAGAGGAAGAUCUGAAGACGCACCGCAGUGUCACUCAUUCCUCAGACACAACCACAUUGUCUGAUGACAUUGAUAACAGGUUCACUCUGCGGGCAGAUAUCGACAACGGGGAAGAUAGCUGUAACAACGAGGGUCAACACAAAUGUCUCAAAUGCCAGAUGACUUUCAGUCAGGUGUCCCAGGUGAAGCGUCAUCAGCAGAUUCACGCCAAAGAUGACCCGCUCCGCUGCAGUCAGUGUUGGAAAAAAUGCCCUAACUCUGACGCAUUAUCUCGACACAUGCAGACGCACAACAGAGGCCAGACGUUCCAGUGCUCUAUGUGCAAGAUGAGCUUCACUCAGUUCAUUUGUCUCCGGCAACACUACUUGAUGAGUCAUAAAGAGGAGAGGGGCUUCCUGUGUUCUCACUGUCCAAAAGGCUUCUCGAGGCUAUCGAACCUCAUCAAACACCAAAGGACACACACAGGAGAACGACCAUACCAGUGUUCCCACUGUUCGAAGAGAUUCACGCAGUUGCAGAUUUUGACCCGGCAUGAGAGGAUUCACACGGGAGAGAGGCCUUUUUUGUGCUCUGACUGUGGGAAAAGCUUCUUGUCUUCUGGGGAAUUGUCCAAACACCUUCAGUGUCACUCGGAUGCGAGACCAUUCCCUUGCCCGCAGUGUGAUAAAACGUUCAAGGCCAACAGGUUCUUGAAGAAGCAUCUGCAGACUCACACGGGGGAGCGUCCCUUCCCAUGCUCCCACUGUGGCAAGAGAUUCGCCAAGUCAACAGAUCUGACCAGGCACAAUCGCAUGCACACAGGGGAGAGACCGCAUUCUUGUUUGCAGUGUGGAAAGAGCUUCUUGACUUAUGCUGAGGUGGUGAAACACCAGCGGUACCACACCGGAGAACGGCCAUUUAAAUGUGCCCAUUGUGGGAAAACGUUCACCCAGUCAUGUUAUUUGACUGUCCAUGUGCGCAUUCACACAGGAGAGCGACCGUACAGGUGUACGUUGUGUGGGAGGAGUUUCAACAGUACAACUCCACUAAGGAGACACAUGCUUACCCACACGGGAGAGAAACCAUUCAAGUGCUCAGAAUGUGGAAAGGCUUAUAAUCGGUUGCAUCUUCUGCGGUCUCAUGAGCAAAGUCAUGCAGGAAAUACAUGUUGAUAUGUAUGUGUUAUGCAUGGGUUUCAUUGUCACAUAUCACUCUUUAGAUGUAAUAAUUGUUUGUGUAAUUUUCAUUCUCAAGAGCUAGACAUCAAUAUUUUAUAAUGAGAUAUACACUUGAUGACUUAAAUGAGGAAAUAGUUGUAUUUAAACUAAAUAUAUUGAUAUUUUAAUUAUGGUUAAUGCAUACACAUGUAUUGUUGAGCUGAUGUUGUUUCACCAACCUUUGAAUGAAUA